UCUUUUACCCACACCAGAAUGCGAGUCUGCCAUCCGCUCCUUUCGCUCUGGCUGCUGGCCCUACAGCCCAUCUCACUCCUUACCACUGCUGCUGCUGAGAUAGUAACCAGCACUAGUGUCUCCUGCGAGUCAAUCGAAAACAAUGCCCUCCAGAACCCCUCCUUUGAGACUGGAGAGCUCAGUCCCUGGACGACCUACGCCGGCACCGGGGUGGUGGUCAGCGACACCACUGACAAUGGAGACUACGUACUGGAAGCCGGAGGUGCAAGUACAACUACCAACUCCGAGGUCUUUACUCAACAGAUGACCGGGCUGGAAAUCGGGUACACCUACACCGCUGCAUACGACUACGCGGUUAGCAAGCUGGCAACAGUAUCCUCCCGGAUGGAAUGCAGUUUUGAGAUCAUCAUGGACUCGAUCUCAGGCACAGUCGUCGCCAACGCCGUCUUCGCAUUUACCCCUGUUAAUACUGCCUGGAACACGCUCUCCGGCACGUUUACUGCAACCAGCACGGAACACACUUUCUAUAUGUACUCAUACUGCACCUAUGGCGUGACUUAUAAGCCGACCAUCAGGUUCGAUAAUGCCAAGUUCCUCGGGCCACCAGUUGAGAGCUGCACAACAGUUACCAUGACUUCUACUGUGGCGGUGUCGACUUCCUCGCCUGCUUCUUCUAUUCCAUCUACUUCAUUCACUUUGUCUAUUGCAUCUAUUCCUUCAUCUAUCUCAUCCAUUCCUUCAUCUACUCCAUCCAUUUCUUCAAAAUCCGCUCCCUCAUCCAUCCUCCAAUCUUCCUCACCGGCACCUCCUAGCACAAGUUCAAUUUUGGCUACUGCAUCGUCUAUUUCAAGGCCAUCUCCCUCUCCCGGUUCAUCUACCCCUUCCACUUCGAGCAGUCUCACGACCCCUGUCGCCUCCGAGCAUAUCUAUACAGUCACAUCUACCCUCUACGUGUCAGAGACGGCAACUGUCUACGCUUGUGAGCCGUCGACGUUAUUAUUCUAAAUAAACUAAUAAGUAUGGGAGAUCUUUGCUUUGAACCUAGC